AUGCAUCUCCCAGUUCGCUUCGCGUUGUCGCGGGGGACUGUCGCCCCAGCUUCGUCUUGCGCGGCCCGCGGAGCGAGGUGCGAAGCACUGGCCUUUUCCUCUUGCCGGUGGGAGGCCAGAGGCGCCCACGCCUCCUCGGCCUGCUCCAUCCGCGGCCUGCGAAAAACGCAGGCGAGAGCCUCCCUGGAGAGGACCGCGAAACAGGAUUUCGCAGCUUUCCUGUCAGCCGCGGCGGACGGGGCGCCGUCAAGAGCCGCGGAGGUCCGCGGGACGACGCGAACCAUCGCGCUUGGCCUCCAAGUCAGAAUGCUCAGUGUGUCUGUACACCCGAGACCAGACCGCGACAGCCGAGGACCCACCUGCGCAGGCAUCCCCUCAAGGGACGUCUCCCCCGAAGAGAUCGAGAGACUCGUCGCAGAACGGACCGCUCGAGAGAGGAAAGCGAAUCGUCGCCUCUUUGCGCUCGUCCUGUUGCUCGGCACGGGGGUGUACUGCUACAGCGCUCUGGGCGACGUGAGCGGCGUACUCUAUUCCUUCUACGAGCCGGUCACGUCCGUGCUCUUUCGCCUCUGCAGCGGCGGUCCGCUCGACCCCGAGACCGCCCACGGAUACGCCAUGGAACUCGCCAAGCGCGGGUGGCUGCCCGUGGACUACGACCGAGAAGAAAGCGCGAUGAACGUGGACAUCAAAGGCCUUAGAUUUUUGAGCCCCAUUGGCCUCGCCGCGGGCUUCGACAAACACGCAGAGGCGCCGGCAGCCUUACUGAGGAUGGGAUUUUCGUUUCUCGAGGUCGGUUCCAUCACUCCGCAGCCCCAGCCUGGAAACCCGAAGCCGCGGCUCUUCAGGCUGCUCGAGGACCGAUCCAUUAUCAAUCGGUUUGGAUUCAACAGCAAGGGCGCCGACUACGCUCAGCAACAGCUCGAGAGGUUCGCUGAGACCAGGAAGAAAGACCCGUUCACUGCGCAAGGCGUGCUGGGAGUGAGUUUAGGAAAGAACAAGACGAGCACUGACGCGGUGGCUGAUUUGCGCGAGGGAGUCAGGAAGCUUGGGAGAUUCGCGGAUUUCCUCAUCGUCAAUCUUUCUUCUCCCAACACUCCAGGGCUGCGAAGUCUUCAAAGCGCCUCGCACCUUGCGGCCAUUAUCGACGCCGUUCACGAGGAGCUCGAUGCGCUGGACACAAUGGCAGCUGCUGCCGGGACGCCGCGGGGAGCUCGCGAGGACGCAGCGGCGACCGCGGCUCGAUCGACGGCAUUCUACGCCAAUCAGACUGGAAAGUGCCCGCUCUUCUUCGUGAAAAUCUCCCCCGACCUCACCAUGGAAGAGAAAGAGAGCAUCGCGAAAGUGGCUCUCGACAAGAACCUGGAUGGAUUCGUUGUUUCUAACACGACCAUCCAGCGUCCAGAGACUCUGAAGGAUCCCUCCAAGACUGAGACAGGCGGCCUCAGCGGGCGGGCGUUGAAAAACUUGUCGACUGCCUGCGUCUCCGACAUGUACAAACUAACUCAAGGAAAACUCGUUAUCAUCGCGACAGGAGGCGUCGAAAGCGGCCGCGAUGCUCUGGACAAAAUUGAAGCGGGGGCGUCUCUCGUCGAACUCUACAGUAGCAUGAUCUAUUUGGGUCCGCAAGUUGCGCGGCGAGUGAAGAAUGAACUUUACUGCGCCCUGAAUGAGAAAGGCUACAAGGACGUCGCCGCUGCUGUAGGCCGGAAGCAUCGGCAGACUCCGGAGAAGAAGCUACAGGCCCCAACGUUUGACUGA